AUGCCUUUUUUCAAGCAACCCCUUUCCACGGAAUGGACAUUCAAAGACCGAGAUGACGAAACACUGGAUGCGUGGAUGCCCGUGUCGGUAGUGCCUUCCACCGUGCAGCAGGAUCUGAUUGCAAACAAAAAGCUUGAGGAUCCUCACCUAGGCCUAAAUGAACUCAAGGCGCGCUGGGUCAACGAGAAGACAUGGGUGUAUCGACACGUUUUUCAGCGACCGGAAAUACCUGCUGGUGCAACCGUCGCACUGGUGUUCGAUGGCCUGGACACUUUUGCCUCAGUUAGGCUCAACGGUGUGGCAAUCCUUGAGUCUAGCAAUAUGUUCAUAGGCUACCGCGUGGAUAUAACAGAGGUCCUAGGGUUACCCAACAGCAAAAACGUUUUAGAGAUCGAAUUCGACUGCGCCCAGCUCAAAGCGACCGAGCUACGAAGCAAGGACCCGAAUCAUAAAUGGGUCGGCAUUUUCGGAGAUAAGGCGCGCUUAGCUGUGCGCAAGGCUCAAUACCAUUGGGGUUGGGAUUGGGGCCCAGUCAUCAUGACAGCUGGUAUCUGGCGUGAGGUGCGAUUGGAAGUCUACUCUGCACGAGUAGAAGACCUAUGGCCGCAGACAAACCUCGCUCCUGACCAUAAAUCCGCGAGUGUCACAGCAGUUGCUAAAAUUGAUGCGGUCAAUUCGGAAUGCUAUGUCGCUCGCUUCCAUUUGACUCUACGUGGACACGAGAUCGCAAGCCAGGAGAUGCCCAUAAGCGCCGAUAAAAAUGCCCAAGCCACUUUUGAGGUCAACAAUCCCGAAUUAUGGUGGCCACAUGGCUACGGCUCUCAGCCCUUGUACGAAGUGUCAGUCUCUCUCUUGUGUGAUGGAAACGAGCUACACAAUGUGUCUAAGAAAUUUGGUAUUCGUUCCGCCGAAGUCAUUCAGCAGCCGGAUAAACAUGGGAAGUCAUUUUUUUUCCGAAUCAACGGAGUAGAUAUUUUCUGUGGAGGUUCUUGCUGGAUCCCUGCCGACAACCUCCUCCCUAGUGUCAGCGCAGAGCGAUACCGGCAAUGGAUCGAGUUAAUGGUGGCGGGUGGCCAGGUCAUGACCAGGGUAUGGGGUGGCGGGAUUUACGAAGACGAUGCUUUCUAUGACGCUUGUGAUGAGCUCGGCGUACUGGUAUGGCAGGACUUUAUGUUCGCUUGCGGCAACUAUCCAGUAUGGCCGGACCUACUAGAGUCUGUACGACAGGAGACAGUCUUUAACAUACGCCGAUUAAGGCAUCGCCCUUCAAUAGUGAUCUACGUUGGAAACAAUGAAGAUUACCAAGUCCAGGAGGAGAUGGGACUGACUUACAACUUCGAAGAUAAGAGCCCAGAAAGCUGGUUAAAGUCCGACUUCCCGGCACGCUACAUCUACGAAAAAUUACUACCGGAACUGGUAUACGAGUUCUCGCCGGGUACUUUCUACCAUCCAGGAAGUCCAUGGGGUGAUGGGAAAGUCUCAAGCGACCCUACUGUGGGAGAUAUACACCAAUGGAAUGUGUGGCAUGGAACCCAGGAGAAAUAUCAGAUCUUUGACAGCAUGGGAGGCCGCUUUAACAGCGAGUUUGGGAUGAUAGCCUUCCCGCAUAUGUCGACGAUCGAGUACUUCCUUGAAAAUGAGAAAGACAAGCACCCACAGUCCCAAGUUAUGGACUUCCAUAACAAGGCCGAUGGCCACGAGAGGCGAUUGGCGACGUACCUAGUGGAGAACCUACGCAUGGCUACUGAUCUGGAGGUAGUCCAGGCAGAGACGAUGAUGUUCGGAUAUCGUGGAUGGCGCCGUCAAUGGGGUGAUGAUCGGAAAUGCGGUGGAGCGCUUCUAUGGCAGUUAAAUGACUGCUGGCCGACAAUCUCGUGGGCAAUUGUGGACUACUUCCUGCAGCCAAAACCUGCAUAUUACACAGUUAAGCGAGUGAUGGAGCCCCUAACAGUUGGUGUACAACGCGCACACCACGACUGGAGUGUGGUACACGCAGAACCAGCCAAACAGAGCCAAUACAAGAUGUGGGUUGCCAGUAGCCGACAGCAAGUGCUGUAUGGGACUGUCGAGUUACGAUUCAUAUCGGUGGUGACUGGUAAGGACCUUCGUGCUCCGGCUAUCUUUGAGAAUGUUACCAUUUCAGCCAAUGGUACUACCGACAUCACAAAUGGAACCAUCGAUCAUGUCGCCGAGCCCGAGCCACAUGUUCUGGCUGCACGGCUACUGAUAGAUGGUCAGAUUGUGGCCAGGGAUAUUGACUGGCCACAGCCGCUAAAGUACCUCGAGUUUUCUAGUCGUGGACUAGAAGUGAAGUCUCAGCCAGGAGCAUCAGCGGGAAAACAGCUCCUGGUGAUAAGCUCACAGAAGCCGGUGAAAUGUCUUGUCUUCGAGGAGAGGAAGAAUGUGCGGAUCAGCGACAGCGCUAUAGAUAUUGUUCCAGGCGAUGAACAGGUUGUGGAAAUUACAGGGCUAAAUGACAGUGACCCACCGUUGGAAUAUCGUUACCUGGGUCAAUAG